GUGCUUCCGAUCAUAAUUUUCUGUUUGCAAAGGCUGAACAACUUCUGGAAAAACGAAUCAAAGAUGGAGAGCCACUGGCAUAUUUUCUCAAAGGGCAACUUUAUUUUGAAGAGAAACGGUAUGAAGAUGCAUUAUUGUAUUUUGAACAAAACACGGAUUUUCAGUCCAUGUAUCAGUUGGGUGUAAUGUACUACGAUGGAUUGGGAACUCCUCCAAAUGCUAAGAAAGGAGUUGAAUAUAUGAGGAAGAUUCUCGACUCUGACUCCCCUAAAGCAAGACAUUUAAAAUUUGCUGCUGCAUACAACCUUGGCCGAGCUUACUACGAAGGACGUGGGACUCAAUUUUCUGAAGAAGAAGCUGAAAGAUUAUGGUUUAUUGCUGCAGAUCAUGGGAACCCAAAAGCAAGUGUAAAGGCUCAGAGUACACUUGGAAUGUUGUAUUCAGCAAAUGCUAAGGAUCUUAAAAAGGCAUUCUUUUGGCACUCAGAAGCUUGUGGGAAUGGAAGCUUGGAAUCUCAAGGCAUCCUUGGGAUUAUGUAUCUUCACGGACAUGGCGUACGUCAUAACUUGAAGGCUGCUUUGGAGUGCCUCAAUCAGGCAUCAGAUCGAGGAAAUGUCUAUGCUAAAGGCCAUUUGGUGGAGUAUUAUUACAAAAGAAAAUGUUUUAUAAAAGCGGCCGAGUUUGCCAAAAGAGUAACCGAAAACGACAAUGUUGAAAAGAUAGCAGAGGAAACAGAUUGUCUUCCUUUUUACAUAAGCAGAGGACUUGCAAUGGCUUCUUUCUACUUGGCCAGAUGCCUCCAGCUUGGCCGAGGAACCCAACAAGAUUUAACAGCUGCUAACAAAUAUUAUUCUAAGGCAUGUCGAUUGGAUCCUGCUUUAGCUUCUGAUCUUGAGUUGACUGCAAAUCAUGGGAGAAUUUAGAAUAUUAUUUCGCUGAAUCUAAACAACAUGUUUCUUCCAGGUUCUGAUUAAUGUGAAGAAACUUUUGUCUUCCUUAUUCUACAUUCAGAGUAAUGCAUAUAAAUUUCGUUCAGUAAAGUUAUACCAUUACUUUGUAAAGUUAUUCUUCAGUUCUGUUAAUAUAAUAAAAAUUGAUUGAUGAUCA